AUGGCGGCUUACACGGGUGGGUUUGAAAGCGCAGGUAGCAUCGAGGAGAAAAGAGAAUUAAAGCGCAAAGCUCGUGAGGAAAUCCUCCGAAAGGCCAAGCGUCAGUAUGAGGAAGCCGAGUGGAGAGAGCAGCAGAGGAAGGCUCGCGGUGAAGACACCUGGAUGCUCCCAGAUGUUGAGCAGCGGCUGCAGCAGAUCAGUGAGGACCAUUCUGUGAAAAGCAAGAAAAAGAAAAAGGAGAAAUCCAAAAAGAAAAAGGAGAAGAAGAAGAAAGUGAAGAAAGAGAAGUUGAAAUCCCAGGGCGAUCGCUCGUCCGAUAGCUCUGAGGACUCUGAUGAUUGGGUGGAAGCUCCGCCCCCAACCGGAAGUGCAGAGAAAGCAUGGAAGGUCGCGGACCAGGCUCAGACCACGAGUAUCUCGACCAAUAGUGGCCAACAGAGAGAUGAGUGGAUGACCUUUGACUUCCUGGCCCUGAAGACUACGUCAGUUGCCGAGCGACGAGCAGAGAAGGAGGUGGAGAAAGAGGCGGAGCGUGAAAAAGCACAGAGCCUUGAACAGGCUGGCCUUCACAGACUGGAGCUGAAUCCCUAUUGGAAGAAUGGAGGGAGUGGACUGCCCCCGGAGGAAGGUGCCAGUACUGCAGUUACUAAAGCGGGCGUGGUAGAUGAUGGAGGACGGAGCUGGCUCAUGAAGUCAUAUCAGAGGAUGAAGGAGCAGGCAGAGAGAGAGCAGCGCAGCCUGGAUGAUGUGGUGGCCGAGAGAUACGGGUCCGUGGAGCAGUUUCAGAAGAGACUGAAGGAAGCCGAGGAGGCCGCCUUCUCACAGAGGAGAGACGAGAGAGACAUGAGGAGGAAAGGCGAGGGAGACAGAAGGAGACAGGGGUGGAGGAGAGAAACAGACCAGGACAGAGAGAGUGACAGAGAGAGGCAUAAGGAAAGACAGAGGGAUAUGGGUAGGGAUCGGUGGCCAGAAGGAGACAGAGGACGGGACAGAGAUAGAGACAGAGGGCGAGAGAAGGAUCUAGAAAGACAGAAGGACAUGACGAGAGACAGAAGGACAGAGACAGAACGAGGACGUUUCUUCAAACCCUCCGAUUCUGAUGACUUCCUGCCUCUGGGGGUGGGCUUUAGGAGGCCUGGAUUGACAGCCUCCUCAUCCAGUCAGAGCACAGGAAAGUUCCUAAAACCUGGAGAUGAUGAUGAUGAUGAUGAUGUCGUCCCAGCAUGGAGGAAGAGAGAAGAGAAGAAGGUUGGAGUGAAUGAAAAGGAGGAGUCAGGGGCACCAAAGAGGGAGGAAGAGAGUAGGACUGUACCGGUGCAGAAGAGCAGCUCAGAGAGUGAGGAAGAGGAGGAGGAGGAAGAAGUUGUUAAGCUCCUGACAGAUGAGGAGAUGAAUAAACUCGGGGCCAAACUUGUCAAGGCCGAGAUCAUGGGGAAUACGGCUUUAACAGACUCUCUGAAAGCUCAGUUAGAGGCUGCACGGAAGGCGAGAGAGAAUCACACCCACAAACCCAAACAGGUGUCUGUGCAGGAGGAGGCGGAGCAGGAAGUGGUCUUGUUCAGAACAGACCAGUCAGGAAGAGCAUGGCCAGUGAGUGGCCCCUCCCAGCACGUGGAGCCUAAAGGAGGGAGAAGGAAGAAGAAAGCAAUCGAGACCCAUGUCGCUGGCGAGCGUGUGCGUUACUUUGCAGAUGAUGACCGUUUUGAUCUGAAGGAGAUGGUGCGCCGGGAGAAGAUGACCUCAGCUCAGGAUCAAAAUGCCCUCUACUCUCGCAUGGCUGCUAAGAUGAUGGGUAAGCAGGAUGGUGAUAACUAUACCCUGGAUGACAUGUUCGUAUCAAGUGCAGCUCAGAGAGAAAGGGAGGGGCUUGAUGAAGAGAGAGCGAGGAACCGAGCGAUGGGAGAGGGGCGGCGCUUCACUGCACAAAUGGAGAAAUGCCCAUUCUGCUUCAGCAGCACCGAGCUGCCCAAACACCUGGUGGUGGCUAUUGGGGCAAAGGUGUACCUUUGCCUUCCUAACAGUGUCUCUUUGACUGAGGGACACUGUCUCAUUGCUCCACUGCAGCACCACUGCUGCUCAACUGGCCUUGACGAGGACGUAUGGAAUGAAGUACAGGUGUUCCGCAAGUCAUUGGUUCAGAUGUUUGACUCGCUUGGUCUUGACUGUGUGUUUUUGGAAACUCACAUGAACCCUAAGAAGCGCAUGCAUAUGCUGUAUGAGUGUGUUCCACUUCCAAGAGAGCUUGGAGAUAUGGCACCUGUCUACUUUAAGAAAGCCAUAAUGGAGUGUGAUGAGGAGUGGGCGAUGAAUAAGAAGGUGGUGGAUCUGUCAUCCAAGAACAUCAGACAGGCUGUUCCUCAUGGUUUGCCGUACUUCUCUGUUGAUUUUGGGUUGGAGGGAGGAUUUGCUCACAUCAUCGAAAAUCGGGACAAGUUUCCAUAUUACUUUGGGAAAGAAGUCCUCGGCGGUAUGUUGGACCUGGAGCCAAGACGAUGGAGGAAGCCGAUCCGAGAAAACUUUGACGAUCAACGUAAGAAGGUCCUGCAGUUCUCCCAGUGGUGGAAACCCUUUGACUGCACCAAGAGCCAAUAAUAGAUCUGCUUUCAUCUUGGGGGUGGAGUCAAGCUCAAGAGUUGGAGCUCAGAGUCCAGAGUGUCUUGUUGAUAAUCUAUAUAGCAAUGCAAUUGCUGUGUCAUGGAGCUGGAACAUUAAAGAUUUGUUGAUUUUUAUGAAAGUGCAGAAACAUUUGUGGGGGGGGGGG